AAACAUACAUCCAGCACACUUCAGAACCUCCUCCACUCAGCGGAUCAUGGCUACAAGCCAUACUAUCAAAUCCAGGCCGCCCAGGUCGUCGAGUCUGUCCGGGUGAUGUUCUAUGCGUCCGGGACGAUCGACAAGGACGCGACUCCUAUCCGGCUGCACAGGAGUCUCAAGAUCCAUCAUCGUCAGAUCAUGGCUGCCCUCUCCAGACUGGUACUAUCGGCCAAGAUGGCGUCGAGUGUUUGGCCCGCUGAGGGGGCAGUUGGGAAGAUGCGGUCCGAUGUCGACGAUGUCGCAAAUUCGGUCCAGCAAUUCAUCACGGCGGCCCAGAAUGUGGGCGUGACAGUCCAUGAUGUGGACGCGAAGCUGAUCCUCGAUUCCGAAGCACCGCUCGAGUCCAAGCCCGGAGGACUGAAGCUACCGUACAGCACAGCCUCCAGCACCCCUCGACUGUCGUUCGAUAGCGGCGACAAACACCCGUACAGGCGAUCGAUGGGUUCGGCGGGAAUUCUCUCCCAGCUGGACUAUUACUGCAAGAGCGCGUGCAAGGCCAUCGGGGUCCUUUCGUUACAGAUAACCAAAGCUCUGGAGAACUCUCAAAAGGUGGCCUCGCUGACGAGCUUUGACACUUCUCGAGUGCACCUGGCGCCCUCGGUCAUGAACUCGGCGCAGUCCUCACAGUUGGUGUCGCAAUGCCAGCAGACGUUGUCGCAGAUUGGGCAGUUGCUUGCCCUGGUGGGCGAGUACUAUGCCAAGGUCUUGGCGGAUCACCCGACGAUCAAGGACCAUAUCUUUCUGGAUGUCCGGGUCUCGAGACAGGCCCUUUACAACAACGUGGCGGCACUUGUGAUGGCCGUCCAGCUGGCAACGGAUCCCAUGGCCCAGACGACGGUGCUGGAGAUGGCAUUGGAGGCCAUUCAGACGGCAGAGAGAUCCGUCAUGGACCUGACAUCGGCAGCUCGGUCGCUGGCGCAAGAGAAUGAUGAGGCAGAUAGACAGGCGCGAAUCCGGAUUACUUCAGAGACGAGCUCAACAUUGGUCGGCCAGGCGAGUUACUCGAGCUUUCAUCGACAGAGCGAGAUUGAUGGAUAUUUUAUGGAGCUUGAUUCGGAUCUGGAUGCGGAGACGGCCAAGAGCUCGCGUCAUCGGUCGGAUUCUCGACCGUCGUCCUUCUCGUCCAAUUCUUCGAUUUCGGGCGUGUCUGGGAUUUCGGCACCGACCACUCCAGGAACGGAAUACACCGGCCGGUCCCACCCCAGUGUCUUCCCCUUUACACAGCCAUCCGUGACAUCGCCGAUAGAGAUCAACCCACCGACAGCAUCCCGACCUAAUAUUUUGCUCUCUCAAAAGGCCAAUGCUCGGGGUGCAAAGCUGAAGAAGAUGCUGGGCGAGGACGCGCCGACACCAAAGCCGGCCAAGGAGAUCGAGACACCCUGGUACCUGGGGCACGACUAUUCACCAGCAGAUAUAUCGUUCAACAUGGAGGGGCAUGUCCGGGGCGGGACGUUGCCGGCGUUGGUCGAGCGGUUGACGCUCCAUGACGGGCUGGACGCGAAUUUUGUGGCGACGUUCUUGUUGACCUAUCGGUCCUUUACGACGACUUCCCAGUUCUUUACGCUGUUGUUCCGUCGGUUCACGAUCUCACCGCCCCCGGGACUGGAUCCAGCGGAACGGGAGCAGUGGACGGAACGGAAGCUGACGCCGAUUCGGUUGCGGGUGUUCAACAUUAUCAAGUCCUGGCUUGAACAUUACUAUCUGGAGGACGAGGUCGAGGACCACCAGGUGCUGCCACGGAUCAAGGAGUUUUCGGAAUCGAGUCUGAUGCGGGACACGUUGAGCUUCCCGGCGGUGCAGCUGAUCAAGCUGGUGGAGAAGCGAGAGACCUCGGAUGGGUCGUUCCGCAAGAUGGUGUUGAACUUGUCGACACAGGCGCCCCAGCCGAUCACGCCCCGGAAUUUGAAGACGAUCAAGUUCUUGGAUCUGGAUCCGUUGGAGUUUGCGAGACAGUUGACGAUCAUGGAGGCGAAUUGUUAUAACCGGAUCAAACCUGUGGAGUGUCUGGCCAAGGCCUGGACGAGUGAGGACCCGGAGAUGUCGGCCAAGGCGGUCAACAUCAAGAAGAUGAUCGAGACCAGUAACCUGUACGCGAACUGGAUCAGCGAGAUCGUGUUGAAAGAGAAGGAGGUCAAGAAGCGGGCGGCGAUCGUCCGACACCUGAUUACCGUGGCCGAGAAACUGCGCAUGCUGAACAACUUUAGUAUGCUCUCCAACACCACCGCAGCCCUCGCGCACUCACCCAUCCACCGACUCAAGCGCACCUGGGAACUCGUGCCGACCCGGAUGAUGAACGUCUUCACGGCCCUCCAGAACGUCACGAGCUCUGCCAAGAACUGGGGCGACUAUCGUCAGGAGCUCCAUUCUGCCAACCCACCGUGUGUGCCGUUUGUGGGGGUCUACCUCACAGACUUGGUGAUGAUCGAGGACGGAAACCCGGACAUGCUCAAGGGUGUCGAGAACCAUAUUAAUUUCUACAAGCGCGUCUCGACCGCGGAGGUCAUCCGGGAGAUCCAACAAUACCAGUCGGUGCCAUAUUGUCUGACCUCCGUCCGAGAGAUCCAGGCGUAUAUCCGAAGGGGGCUGGACCAUGCAAAGCCAGUGGGGGAGCUGUACGAUAUGAGUCUGGCACUGGAACCAAGGGAGGGUGAAGAGGAAAAGAUCACACGGCUGCUCUCUGAAUCUGGAUUCCUGUAAGAACAAAGACCACUUUCUCCUCCUCCUCCUCAUCCUCCUUCUCUCUCCCUCGACUUGAGCGUCCCUGUCCGCGAACAAACGGCUCACCAUGGUUUCUUCGCCUCCUCCUCCUCCUCCUCUCCUCCUCCUCCCGGUCCCAUGUCGAAAGGCUGUUGCUGGUUUUUAUUUUCACGAUCGCGAUCGCGUCUCGUUUGGAUGGACUCAGGAUCCUGAUACCAGAACUUACGACGA